AUGAGUACAAUAACUGAAGAGAAAAUCCCUUCCAGUAUCGUUAAGAAGAUACAUCGAGAAGUUAGAUUCGGUAAUUAUAUAUUAGGAUCAACUUUAGGUGAAGGAGAAUUUGGGAAAGUCAAAUUAGGUUGGAGGAAAGAUGGGAAAUUACCUAACCAAGUAGCCAUAAAAUUAAUCAAAAGAGAUAGUAUUAUAAAAGAUAGUGAAUCGGAAAUUAAAAUCCAUAGAGAAAUCAAUAGUCUUAAAAUUUUAAAUCAUCCAAAUAUUGUUAACUUAGUUGAAGUUAUGAAAAGUGGGAAAUAUAUCGGAAUUGUUUUAGAAUAUGCUAGUGGAGGUGAAUUAUUUGAUUACAUCUUACACCAUAAAUACUUGAAAGAAAAUGUAGCCAAAAAAUUCUUUGCUCAAUUAGUUAGUGGAGUUGAUUAUUUACAUUCUAAAGGAUUAAUUCACAGAGAUUUGAAAUUGGAGAAUUUAUUAUUAGAUAAGAAUAAGAAUAUUAUAAUAACAGAUUUUGGAUUUGUUAAUUCAUAUAAUCAAAAUAGAAAUGAUUUAAUGAAAACAAGUUGUGGUUCACCAUGUUAUGCAGCACCAGAAUUGGUUUUAACUCAAAGUCCUUAUGAAGGUAAGAAAGUUGAUAUUUGGUCUUUGGGUAUUAUUUUAUAUGCAAUGUUAUCAGGUUAUUUACCAUUUGAUGAUGACCCAACUAAUGAAGAUGGUUCAGAUAUAAUAAAAUUGUAUCAUUAUAUUUGUAAAACUCCUUUAACUUUCCCAGAAUAUGUUAGUCCUUUAGCAAGAGAUUUAUUAAGAAAAAUCAUCAUACCUGAUCCUAAAAAAAGAAUUGACAUCAAUGCUAUUAGAAAUCAUCCUUGGUUAUCAUCUCAUGCUAAUUUAUUAUCUAUCAGACAACCUGAAUGGGAUAAAAUUUAUAAAGAAAGAAAUAGUGGUAAUGUUCCUCAACCUGUUACUAAUAAGAGAUAUUCAAUGAUGGAAUCGACCAAUUCAUUAAAUCAAUUUAAUGUUUCAACUUUCAAGAAAACUCAUGGUAGAUCUUAUUCUUAUACUCAAGCAACCCCUGUUGAACCAUCAAUUUCCCAAACUUCAAUUCCUGAAUCUCAACCAACAAUCGUUGCUUCAUCAACUUCAUCAAUUCAACCAACUAUUGAUGUUACCACAAAUAAAAACUCAUACAUGGAUUCUACAAUUAUAUCAACAAUCAUUGAACUGCCAAAAAGGAACCCACUCACUGAGAUCAAAGAUAACCCUUUACCUCCACCAACAGCACAAAAGUUACCUCAUCAACCAAAAAAACCAAGACCAACAUCUUAUCAUCCAACAAACUCCAGUUAUUCUUCUUUAGAUUAUAAAGUUCCUUCACCUAUUAAUAUUCCAAUAGCUCAAUUUUUACCAAACACUUCAAAUACUACCCUUAAUUUAAAUAACCCAAUUUCAAUUAAUUCAAGAUCAAAUUCUUAUAAUAAUUCACCACCAAAAUUGAAUUUAUCAACCAAAUCAUCUGCCACCACAUCAGCAUCACCACCAAAGAACUUUACCAAUUCAAAUGCAAGUAUCAGUAAGAUUAAUACCAAUGGAUCAGGGAAUGGUGGUAAUUAUUCACCCAUCAAAACUGAAAUGGAUUCUAUUAGUUUACAAUCAAGAAGAAAUAGUAGCGUUACUCCAAUUAAUGUUAAUGGCGUUUUCAAUGGAGAUAAUAAACGUAACUCAGUGUUGUUAUAUUUAGAAGAUAAGAUUGGAACUUAUGAAUUAAGUGAAAGUUUAGAAAACUUAUCAUUAAAGAAAGAUCCAAAAGAAGACACAAUUUCUCAAGAUUUACAAGAACCUGUUAAAGUUAAAAGGGAAAAAUCAACCAAGAAGAAAGCUGAUAAAAAGAGGAAUAGGUUUAGUUUACUUUCGAUUUAUUCCAAUUAUUCAGAUAAUUCAUCAUCAACCUCAUUGAACAUAUCACCUAAAGAACCAAAAGAUACCAAAGAAGGAAAGAAGGAAACUAAACCAAAAGAAACGAAACCAAAAGAGUCUAAGCCCAAAGAAUCUCAUAAAAUACCUAAAGAUUAUAAUAAAGAGAAUAAAGUGGUAGGUAAAACUGAUAAAACUAAUAAGGAAAUCAGUGCUGCUAAGAAAGUGAUGGACUUCUUUAAACGUAGAAGUAUUCGUGUCAAUUAA